AUGGAGGAAUACAUGCAAGAUCUCACGCACGACCUGGACGAGGAUGCUUUAGAGAUUGAGGAUACGCCUGAAGUAGAUGACUUGGAGAACGCUCACAGGCCCGACGACGAUGUCACAGUUGAUGAGCACACAUCUUACGAAGAUGUCCCUGAAGAUGUUGUCGCACCCGACGAGGUUGUCCCGCCUGCACCUACGACGCCUGAUCGACCUAUCCAGCAACACCCUUUGCCCCCGACGGUGGAUAACACUGACUUGAACAAUGAACAUAUUGCAAAUCACUGGGCUACUGUGGAAGAAAUGCGGAUAGCUCAAGCACGACGAUAUAUGGCUGCUGAGUACAGGGAUCACCUUCACCGGCAAGCAGGGCCACACAUGCGCCGGACUCGAGAUGUUGCGGCCAGGGACGACAGGGCCAGAUUAAACGCCGAGCUCAUCGAAAUCGUUGCCAGCGUCCACCCCAACGCUCCUAGAGCUCGGCUCAGAGCGAUCAGUAGAUACCGGUGCCAGACCUGCGGUUGCUGGACGGGCAGAACGAGGGCCACCCCAACUGAAUGUAUCAUAUGGACGGUAUCGCUGUCACUUGCCACAGACGAAACACCCGAUUUGAGGCAGACCCUCGCCAACGCUGAAGAUCAUGUGCGAUCGGGGCGAGCGGAGUGUGGAAGAGAACGGGACGAAGCCGAGGAGAGAGCGGAAAUCUUGCGACACAGAAGGGUGGCAAACGAAAACAACACUGAGAGUCGUGUGAGGGAGCUUAGACACUACAGGCGGGCUGAACACUACGGUCGGCUUGAACAAGAAAUGCUCUUGUUCUUUUCGGAAGGUGUUGAGUGA